AUGGAACUUUUAGACAUAGGCAAACAUUGCGCAAAUCCUGAUUGCAAACAACUGGAUUAUCUUCCCAUUAAAUGUCAAUAUUGCAAAAAAGAUUUUUGCUCCGACCAUUCAAAGCCUACUGAACAUAGUUGUAAGGAUGCACCUAUUGGAGAUGGUGAGCGAGUUCCUAUUUGUCCCUUGUGCCAGACACCUGUCCCAAUUAAGAGAGGCGAAAAUCCUAAUCUUAGAAUGGAUCAGCAUAUAGCAAAUGGCUGUAAGCCACCACCUACUUCUAUUUCAACAAAGCCAUUUAAUUCAUGUUCUUUUGGUAAAUGUAAAGAAAGACUUGCUGUUCGUAUGAUGUGUUCAGGAUGUGGCAAAAAUUAUUGUAUAAAACAUCGUUUAGGACCCGAUCAUAUGUGUGAUAAGGUGAAAGUGGACAAUAAAAUAAAUACCGUUUCUAAACUUGGAGCCAUUAUAACAUCGAAUAGUUCUCCGGUCAAAGCUUGG